AUGUGCUAGUAGGUGUCCAGCAAAGGAAUAACAAUGAAGUUCAUCGUGGUCCGAUGCCUUGGUCUCGAGUUGUAAAAUCGGCAUCUCUCGCUCCGAUCUUGUGUCUUUCACAUUUAUGCUGGGACGAUUAGGGGCCACUGUCUCCAUUAAUGCUUGUACCAGUGAACUGGAGAUAGGUUUGCUUCAGGACAAUAACGCCAACCAUGGGCUCAGUAUACUCAGAGGAAAUCAAGGGAUUAAAGGAAGAAACCUGAAGCCACAAACCAACAUGGAACUGAUGUAUGCUAUUUUGUUUUGCAUUUCUUUCCCCUUCCUCUGGCGGAUUUUCCUACGCCCCCCCUCCGCCCGAACACUUCCUCCAGGACCUACCAGCCUCCCCAUCAUUGGCUCCCUCCAUCGUCUAGGCCCUUAUCCCAACCACUCCCUCUACGAGCUCGCCAAAAUCUUCGGCCCUCUCAUGACCCUCCGCCUCGGCUUCGUCACUACCGUUAUCGCCUCUUCCCCCGAAACCGCCAAGCAAAUCCUCCAAAUUCACGACCAGUCCUUCUCCGAACGUACCAUUCCUGAAGUCAUCGCCUCCCAACCGGACCCAGAUGCCACCUUAGCCUGGGCCAUCGGUGAUCAAAGGUGGAGGAACCGCCGCAGAGUCUGUACCACACAGCUCUUCACCGUCCAGAGGCUCAACUCCUUCCAACUCCUCCGCCAGGAAAAGGUGGAGCAGCUUAUCAAACACAUCAAGAAACAUCAGAUUUCAGGGUCCCAGAUAAACGUAGGACAGGUCGUGUUCGCUACAACAUUAAACUUGAUAUCCAGCACAAUCUUUUCCAUCGAUAUUGUUGACCCAGAAUUCAACACAGCUCAAGAAUUCAAAGAUUUGUUGGCGAUGACAUCGGCAUCAGAUUAGUAAAACAUUUACAAGAACAUCUGAAUGUCGACGGCUCAGCUGUCAAAAUAAUGUUUUUUGCAAGCAAAAACACUCGAUGUGAAAUCUUUACAGCAUUUUCUAUUCGAAAUACAGAAAUCUGUCCAUCACUUUCCCCGGAAUCUGCAGCAGUUGAAUUGAGUUCCAUGACUUCUGGAGUGACAUUGGGCAACUCCUGUAAUAAGCGUUGCUGCUCAGAUGGGUCCUUGAGCAGUUGUAUUUCGUCUAAGCAUUUACAUAAUGUUUCAAAUCAAAGUAAGGUUAAGGUCCAUCUUCAGGAAACACAGUCUGGCAAGAUAUAUAUACCCAUCCUGCAAGAAAAUUAAUCAUGAGGCAAUCCAAAUCAUAAAACUUUUAAACUUUAUUUAAAACAUAAGUUUAGUAUCAAAUAGAAAGCUUCAUUUUCCUUUCGAAGAAACCUUAACAAUUAGUUUCAAUAGUUGGCUUUUGGGGUAGAAAAGCUUAAACAGCUUAAGAGAAGUGCACAAUAUACUAGCCUAUAAUGUAAAUCAUGAAAAAGGAUAUUUAGCUCUCAGUCCCUUCUCAUUUGCAUUAUCAAUUUCAUUCUGUAAUCUGACUAGCUCUCGUUCAAUCCACUGAUAAAUUUCCAAGUUGUGC